AGCAAGUGGGAGAGAAAGAAAACAGAGUUUGGGAGGGAAUUUCCAGGAAUACCCCUAACCGUUCCUCAAAGUCUCGUUCCGCAAGCGCCAACAGCGUCUCUUACACACUCUCUCCUUCUCACGCUCUCUCUCUUUCUCUCUCUCUCCGCCAUGGAGAAAGGUGAGAGCUCCGCCUCCACAUCGGAGCCAGACUCCGACGACAACCACCGCAUCCCGACCAACCACCACCUCAACCCUCCCUCCGGCCUCACCCCGCACGAGUUGGGCUCCCUCGUCCCCUCCAUCACGGAGCACCACACCUACCUCGUCGGCCCCGGUCAAUGCUCCUCCCUCCUCGCCCAGCGCGUCCAGGCUCCACCCGAAGCCGUCUGGUCCGUCGUCCGCCGCUUCGACAAGCCACAGACCUACAAGCACUUCAUCAAGAGCUGUGCCGUCAAAGACCCCUUCCACAUGGCCGUCGGCGUCACACGCGACGUCAAUGUCAUAUCUGGCCUCCCCGCCGCCACCAGCACCGAGAGGCUCGACCUCCUCGACGACGACCGCCGGGUGACCGGUUUCAGCAUCAUCGGCGGCGAACACCGCCUCCGAAACUACCGCUCCGUCACCAGCGUUCACGCCUUCGACUCCGACGCAGACGCUAAGAUCUACACGGUCGUCCUCGAAUCCUACAUAGUUGAUGUCCCCGACGGCAACACCGAAGAGGACACGCGUCUCUUCGCCGACACCGUCGUCAAGCUCAACCUUCAGAAGCUCGCCACCGUCACCGAAGGAACAAACCGCGACGGUGACCAUAAGCCACACUCACGGUGAAGCAAACCAAACCAGCACUGCGCAAAUCUCAAUAAAAACAAAAGGAAUUAAACAAAAGAAGGGAUUGGAAUUUGAAACAAUCGCUCCCUCGCUCACCAAUUCAUAAAAAGAGAGAAACAAGUUAUUCUCUGUUUUUCUUUUCUUUUAUUUUUUUUCUUUGGAAAUUCAUUUACUUUUCCUUUAUUUUUUUUCGGGUAAGACUCUCGUUUUGUGUUUUUGAUGAUUUUCUUUGGCGGUAGCUAGCAUGUCCUCCUUGGUGAUCCGUUGAAUUUUGUUAUUACAAUGGGUAAGGGCAAUUUGGUCAAUGCAGGUGUACAGGAAAUGUUGACUUGUGAUGUUUGUUCUUCAUGGUGUCUUUCAAACCGUUCUGUGAAUAUCAUCAUUUGCUUUUCCUCUGGA